AGCCACUGGAUGUAGCCUGCGGCCUGGAGAACCUGCCCGUGAGCGUGUGGCCCCCGGGGGCGAGGCCGGCGCCCUUCCAGGUGCAUGCACCCCAAGAAUUAAGGCAUGAAAAAAGUCAAGUACAGUCCCGACCAUGUUACUGGGCCUGGAGCAGACAUGGACCCCAGUCAAAUAACCUUUCCUGGGUGUGUCUGCAGCCAGACUCCUUGCGUCCCCGGCACCUGCUCCUGCCUCCUCCAUGACAAGAACUACGAUGACAGUUUGUGCCUCAGAGACAUAGGACUGGAAGCAAAGUAUGCCCGGCCUGUUUUCGAGUGCAAUGCCCUGUGCCGGUGCAGCCCCCACUGCCCAAACAGAGUGGUCCAGAGAGGGCUACAGGCCCACCUGCAGGUGUUCCUGACAGACAGGAAAGGCUGGGGACUUCGGACCUUGGAACUGAUCCCAAAGGGAAGAUUCGUCUGUGAGUACGCUGGGGAGGUUCUAGGCCUCUCUGAAGCGCAGAGGAGAAUUCACUCCCAGACAAUCGAUGACUCGAAUUACAUUAUUGCCGUCAGGGAGCACGUCUGCGAGGGGCAGGUAAUGGAAACGUUUGUUGACCCUACCCACAUAGGCAAUCUCGGGAGAUUCCUCAACCAUGCCUGUGAGCCAAACCUGCUGAUGGUCCCCAUCCGCGUGGACUCAAUGGUGCCCAGGUUGGCACUUUUUGCAGCCAGAGACAUUGUGCCAGGAGAAGAGCUUUCCUAUGACUACUCAGGAAGAUUUCUUAACCUGGCAGACACUGAGGACCAGGAAGGGUUAGACCGUGGGAAACGACGAAAACCUUGUUACUGUGGUGCCAGGGCGUGCACCGCUUUUCUGCCUUAUGACAGUUCUCUGUAUGGUCCCUUGGAAGAGGCAGACAUCAGUUAAGAAUGAAAUUCCACCACGUAUCAUCACCUCCGCCCCCGCCCCGCCUCUCAGCGGGCAGGAAUCACGAGGAUCCCAGCAGGCUUGCCCACUUCUGUGCCCCUUUCUGCAGGCACCUUACUCUCAGUCUCCCUGUAAGGGGGCCAGCUGGGCCGCUGCCUGGUUGCCUAGGUUUCAUUCUGGAAGGUGACAGAGACUACAAAUUGUCCACCAAUAUCCCUGUAACACAAUUCUCAUUUUUACCUACAGACAUGACCACCCAUUUAAGGUGUGGUGUGGCAAGGUGAUCACAUCCUAACUAAUGGGAUAAACAAAAAUUGGCACGUGCUUCCGGACUCUUGUGUUUCUUCCUGUAAGCUGGCAUGGAUGCACAAUGGGUCUGCCAUCCUAGCCUCCAUGGGCUGGGCCUAGCCAAGCCACCAGAUGAAAGAGGAGUAGUGUGCGGGUUGCUGUGGAGACACUGUGGGACAUGUGGGUGGACUUCCAGGCGGGGCCGUCCCCCUUGGUUAGGCAGACCACUACUAUGCUCUUGCCUGGAACCAAAUCAUGACCAGAGAAAACCCGUGGGGCUGCACUCCAAAGCCUGCCUUCCACCCGCUCUACCAGAAAUAAAGCUUACCUUGCUUUCCUGCCUGCCUGCCUGCCUGCCUACUGUAUCUUAUUUAUUUGUAAGCACAAAUUAAGGAAAAGGCCUAAUUAUCACCUGCUAAAACAUUAAACCACCAAUAAUGAAAAACUAAAAGCCAGAAAAGUGGGGGGGGGGGAUAUAAAACCAAGGCAUCAAUUUUAAAGACCUUAUUUGCUAAUGAUGUAUCAAAAUUGUAUAUUCACUAAUUGUAGCAAAUGUGCCAUCAUGAGAUGAAAUGUAAUAUAAACAUGUAGUGAAUGGUGUUAAUAAACGGGGACGUUGGUACAGGUGUGUAGGAAUUCUAUACUGUCUUCUCCAUUUUGGAACUGUUCCAUAAAUAUCAACUAUAAAAGAAAAUACACCAAAGUCUUGACCUGUUCCUCCAAAGAAGACACACAAAAGUAGAUAAGCCAUGUUUAAUAUCAUUAGUU